UCCCGAAAGCAUGGCAGGCGAGGAAGAGCUUCAGAGAAGGAAAGUUUAGAGGCCCAAAGCAAGGGCAGCCGGAGGAGGAGGAGCAGCAGCAGCAGCAGCAACUCCAUCCCGCGCACCUGCGCUCCCCGAUUUCACCUUUCCUUGGCUUGACUUCCCCCUUGGAAGGCGGACUCUUCCUGGGAGCGGCUCCCGAUGCCCGCGCUGAGGCCGAGCGCAGCCAGGUUGCCGGCAGACUGAAGGAGGGAGGGAGGGAGGGAGGGAGGGAGGAGGGAGUUCCUGGAGCUCGCGCGCCCCUCGGAGCCACCAUUGAUUUCCUGCGCGUGGCGCGCGGCGAGGGGCUGGGCGCCGUCGCGGUGGCCGUGGCCUCUGCCGCCGCCGGCGGAGGAGGAGGAGGAGGAGUGGGCGGCAUGGCGAAGCCGUCGGAGCACGUCAAGCGGCCCAUGAACGCCUUCAUGGUGUGGUCGCGGGCGCAGCGGCGGAAGAUGGCGCAGGAGAACCCCAAGAUGCACAACUCAGAGAUCUCCAAGCGGCUGGGCGCGGAGUGGAAGCUGCUCUCGGAGGCGGAGAAGCGGCCCUUCAUCGACGAGGCCAAGCGCCUCCGCGCCAUGCACAUGAAGGAGCACCCGGACUACAAGUACCGCCCGCGCCGCAAGCCCAAGACGCUGCUCAAGAAGGACAAGUUCGCCUUCCCCGUGGUGGGGCCCUACGCCCUCCCGCCCGAGGAGCACCACCCGCACCACCACCACCACCACCCUUUGGGCGCCCACCACCCGCACCACGCGCACCUCAAGGCCUCCUCCGCCGCCUUCCACGGCCACGAGGCGCUGCUCAACCCGGAGAAGGCCGCCGCCGCCGCAGCCGCCGCCGCCGCGCGCGUCUUCUUCCCUCCGAGCGUGGGGCCCUACUCACUCCUGGACCUGGGCUCCAAGAUGGCCGCGGAGAUCUCCUCCUCUUCCUCCUCCUCGACGUCCUCCGGGUCGGUGACCACGGCGGCGGGGCUGCCCUACACGGCGUCUUCAUUGGCUUACCCGACGGUGGGCGCCUUCCACGCGGCGGCGGCGGCAGCAGCGGGGGCCCACACUCACUCGCACCCGUCGCCGGGCAAUCCAGGCUACAUGAUCCCCUGCAACUGCAGCGCCUGGCCCGGCCCGGGACUCCAGCCUCCGCCGCUGGCCUACAUCCUCCUGCCCGGGAUGGGCAAGCCGCCCAUGGACCCUUACCCCGCCGCCGCCGCCUACGCUGCCGCCGCCGCCGCGCUAUGACCAUCGGAGCGACCGGCCUGGCGCGAGCGGCGCCGGGCUCCAUUCCCUGGACAGCCUAGGCCCAGCGCGCGAGGGAGGGAGGGGGAGAGGGA